AUGCUCGAAUAUGUCGUGGUCACCCCCACGUCACUCUCGCUCAGGCUCUUCAUCGCUAGCUGCGUCAUCGGAUUUCUCGUCAUAGUCGCGACGGCCCUGAGGCUGUUCUCUCGGUACUUCAUCGCAGUGAGGCCAGGCUGGGAUGAUGGGUUGGCUCUCAUCGCCACGGUUGGCGCGUUAACGCAGACGGUUCUGUUCUCACUCCUGGUGUAUGGAGGUCUCGGGCACCAUGCAGACACCGUCCCGGAGCCGAAUCAGUUCUCGAUACCCAAGAUCCUAUUCAGUUUCGAAAUCUUCCACGUCAUCUCACUGAAUACGGGAAAACUGAGCGCACUUAGCUUUUACUUGAAGCUGUUCGCCAACAAGACGAUGGAAAGAGCCACAAAGGCCGCUAGCGCAUUCAUUGCUGCUUGGAUGAUCGGUCUUCUCCUCUGGGAGUUCUUGUUCUGUCGUCCUCUGUGGAAGAUGUUCGAGUGGGGUGGUCUAGAGCAAUGUGGUGACAGAAAACCUCUGUACAUAGCUGUCUGCACCUUCUCCAUAUUCAGCGACUUGUUGCUGCUCGCACUCCCAAUGCCUGUCAUUUGGACCCUCAAGAUGGACAGGGACACAAAGCUGCGUUUAUCGUGUCUCUUCGCUGCGGGUUUCAGCGUGACAGCGGUGUCGAUAACGCGUCUGGUCUACAUAGUGACCAUAGACUACCACCACGACUUCUCGUUCUAUUCGGUCAGCGCCACGUUUCUGGCGAACCUCGAGCCUUUACUCACCAUUCUCUGUAUCAGUCUUCCGAUGAUAUAUUCGCUGUACGCCAAGGUUGUGCCAAAAGGGGGCAGGAGGAGCAGUCAUGGUAGCAAGCCUGUUACCUGGACGUUUGCCUCAAGCUUGGUACGACGCGGGAAUCCCAAGAAACGGGCCUUCAAUCCGUUGGAAACCAGUGGGCCCGAACACUUCGAGCUCGACCAGAUAUAUAGCCCGGAGAAGCGCGUGCGAUACAACGUCUCGGUUGAUAGGGGGUGGAAGACAGACCCUCAUUACCAAUCCCCGAUCUCGAUAUUGCAGAGUUCGAAGCCAGAGGGCGACGCAAGCAGCGGGUCGGAAGCUGGGCUUGUGCAUUAUGGGAAGGAAAGCAACAGUGUCGAACAGGACGACGACGACGACAACCACAACGCACAGCUUCGGCAUAUCCACCAAGCUUCACAAGUAUCAGCAAAAUGUGGAAUGCGAUUAUCCUCGUGCUUCUUUGCAUUGUCAGUCUCAUUAUCCAACGACAUCACAGGCGUCGAAAGACCAGGAGCCAGCGAGGAUCUCACGAUCCACAAAGACAUCUCAUUUUUGCAUCGCUAUCAUCAGAAGUACGAUACUUCCUUCGAGCUCAAUACUUUGCUUGGCGCACCAACAAUUUUCACCAUAGCCCCCGAGAACAUAAAGCUCAUCCACACCCGCGAGCACGAAUGGGGUAUCCAGCCCAACAGACUUCCGGGAAUGGAGUACUUCUGCGGUCGCGGGUUCCUCACGAUGGAUGGGGAGAUCUGGCGACAGUCCCGUAGGGCGCUUAGACCCUCGUUCGCGAAGAGUAACUUGGCCAACUUGAGCGUUCUAUCGCGAGAAACCGAUACCUUUCUGGACCAUCUACCGAAAGAUGGCGCCACUGUUGACUUGCCAGCCUCUUCUUUCCUCAACACUUCGUUGCACUUCCUCUUGGGCGUUUCCCCGGGAGCUCAAGACCUCCACGCCCCUUGCACAACCCAGGAGUUCAUCAACGCUUUUCACGGUUCUCUCUUCCUAACCAUGCUUCGCAUAAUACUUGGACGCGCGUGGCAUCUGUUACCACAAGGGAAAUAUCGUCGGGUCUGCGGCAUCGCACAUAGCUUCCUGAACUACUACGUCAACAUGGCCAUGAACCGGCGGCUUGCCUCGAACAACGAGUCGAACUCAAAGCAGAGCUUGAUUGACAAUCUUGCCGCAUUAUCUGAUGACACUGUCUUCAUCCGGAUCCGUUCGGAAGUCUUGCAGCAAGGGGACAAUAUCCUCAAAUUCGAUGCUUUUCAGGGGAACACGAUUCUGGAGAACAUUCUCUUCGAAGCACUUCGUCUGUACCCAAUAUUCCCUCUCAUGGGACGCGUCGCACUCUGCGACACCACUCUUCCCACUGGCAGCGGGCCAAACCACGAUGCUCCCGUAUUCAUCCCAAAAGGAACAGAUCCCCACGUCUUCGGAGAGGAUGUCGAAGCUUUCAGGCCUGAGAGGCGGGACAACAUCCAGCCGGGCCAGUGGGACUUCAUGGGCUUCGGUGGAGGCAAUAGGGCUUGUCUGGGGCGCCAGAAGAGUCUGGUCGAGGCAUCAUACCUGCUCGCUAGGACAGCGAUGCGGUUUGAGAAGCUGGAGAGUCGCGAUGAUAGGGAUUGGAGAGGUGAGAUGAAAUUGACGUGCCAGAAUGGGAAUGGGUGCAAGGUUGCAUUUGCGUAG